AUGCUAGUUAGCAAGAUAUACUCAGCUCUUGGUAACAAAAAGAAAGCUGAGGCUUAAAAAGUAUAAGAAUAAGAACUGUUGAAGGCUAAGUAAAAGGAAUAGGAGAAUUAAAUUUAAAUUUUCACUAACCAUAAUUAAAUCAAUAUGUUUAUAGUAGAAGUUAUGAAGUUGAUGAAAGAUGGUAGAUACCGAAGUGCAAUUUCAAAAAUUUAUUCUUUCUUCAAUUCAGAUUAAUGUAUUCAAAUUAGUAGCGUUUAAACACUAAAGCUUAUUAGGAGGUAUUUUGCUUGUCUUUCUUACAUUAUAAAAAAAGCGAAAGCAUCAGAGGGUAAACCUAGCGAAUCUAAAUUAAAAACACUAUUCUUGCUUCUAAAAAGAGCAAAUGAGUUACUUAAUGAACAAAAUAGGAUAAUAUUAACAUUAGUUUUAAAAGGCCAAAGUGUUCACAAUGAUAAAAAUCCCAAUAUUAACAGACUUUCAAUUUAGAUGGAACUUAGCUUGCAAGAUAUUGUUAAAAUGUCUUAAAGAUCUGUGUUCAAAGGACUUAUUUCUUAUGAUUCUGAGCUAAAAAAUGAUCAUUUUGAUUUUUAAAAACACAUCUCACAAAAAAAUAAUCCAAAUGCUUAGCAAGAGAUAGAAAAGGAAGAAAAGAAAUUUGAUAUUAACUUAUUUGACAAUCAAGAAGAUGAAUUAACUUCUACUGAAAGGGCAUUUAAAAAUUAAUCCUAAAAGUAAUAAGAAUAAGAAGAAAGAAAGAAAAAGUAAAUUCAAAAAAAAAAAAUCUUGUUUCAAACAAAAUGUAUGAUAGUUUAUUCUUUGAAGCUCUGCUAAUUUUGGGCAUUCUACUUUAAAUAAAAAAAUAUGAUCAGCUAAUAUGCUCUUUCCUUAAGGAAAGCUCUUGAUUUAUGCAAUUAAGUCUAAGGAUGUUGGGAAGACGAAUAUUAAAAAGAAAUGGUAAAUAUCAAGAUAGAAGUUUCAAAUUUUUACUUUGAACAGCAAAGCUUUAAUUCUUGCUAAAAAAUGAUGAAUAAAGUUUGGGAUAAUAUUCUUUAGCAGUUCAAUAUCAAGCAAUAUAUUUUACAAAAUUAAUAUGACUUACCAUAGAAACAAAAAAUGAGAAUAAUGCAUUCAUUUCAUGAUUAUAUUUCUUUAGUAAUUACUGUUUUGGGAAAUAUGGCUUUGUUGGAAGAGUAUUAGGGAAAUUUCUCUAGGUUGACAGAGUGUAUUAAAUUAUAAUUUUGGCUUGCACAUAAUUAUUUAGAAGGUAUACACGAUGAUAUAUCUAUUAUAUGCUCUAAUAACUUAAAGAAUGCUUAAAAAAAGUAUGCAGAGUUUUUAACUGAAGAAGGUGAAAUUCUCAGAGUUUUAGAUGAGGUUUUUGGGAUAAAGCAGGAAAAAAGAAAUAAAUUAAAAUUUAAUACCUGUGAAGAUUAAUUUUAAGAGGAGUUGAAUUACAAAUUCUACAAAAAGUAUAAGAUUGAGAAGCUAAAUAAAGCAUUAGUAAUUUUACAUAAAAGGUCUAAAUCUGCAACUAAAGAGGAUCUUAUGAAAGCUUAUCACCUUGACUCGCCAAAAAAUAAGUUGAUGAAUCUGCUGAAAUCAAACUAAGAGGAAUAAUAACUAGAUGCUGAGUUGUAAUAAGAAAACUAAGUGAAUUAAAAACAGAUUUCUAUUUAAUUAUAUGAAGAUUAACUAAUAAAAAAUAAUUCGAAUAAUACCACUUUAAGCACUCGGUUAUCAGAAUCUUUAGGUUCACCUUUUUUAACAAAUAUUUCUUAAAAUAAUGAUUUUCUAAAAGAAUCAUUUUUAUCACCUUUAUAAGGAGCAUAAUUUAACACUCUAGGUGAUUCCUAAGAAAAAAAGAUAAUGAUUGAUAUAAUAGAUAAUAUUAAAGAAGAAGAGGAUUUUGUUCUUAGUUAAUAACAAGCUGAGAAAAAUUAAAUGUAAAAAAUAGUUUCUAUGAAUAACUUAACUCCUAAAGAUAAAUUAAAUGAUAGCUCAAAAAUAACUGAUAAGCCAUCUUACACUAUUAAAAGGAGGCAGUUAAGUUUUGUUAAAAGACCCCCUAAAUAAAUCUAAAAAGUAUAAUUUUAAUAUGGUGUUAAUUAACCAGUAGUCUUAACAACUAAUAAGUAUUGGGAACCGUAGAAAUUAUAUAGUGAAACCCCUAUUAUAGAAGAAGAAAAAAAGAAAUAAUAAGAGUCGUAUAGGAAGAUUUAAUCGGAAAAUAAUCUGGAUGAAAAAGUAACAGAAGUUUCAAAAAAAUAAACAAAUCAACCCUUAGGACUGAUUAAUAUCGAUAAAUACUUUAAGGAAUUUGUAGAAAAAGAUUUGAAUAGCAAAUAAACUAAUUUUUCUCUGGAUUUCAUUAAAUAGGGGAUUAACUGUAUUAUGGAAGAUGAAAGAUUUGAUAACAAGGAGUUUUAUGAUGCUAGGAAGUUUAUUGAAUUUAAGCUUAAGUUUAGAUAGGCUGUAAAGGAUGGGGAUGAAGAAUUAAAUUUUAACAGAGGAAAAAUUGGAUUAAGAGAAUUAGUGCACCGCGAGUUUUUGGAUUUACAAGACCAAGAAGCAAUUUAUCUAGAUUUUCAAAAGAAAAAAUAAUUGAUUAAGUAAAUGUAAGAUUACAUGAUUAGAUAAAAAUAAACUCAGAAGCAGACUUUUGCUCAGCGAUUUAUGAAUCAUAGAUAAACUCUUAAUUUGCACAAUGUUUAUGAUACAAAGCAAGAAAAUGAAAGAAUUUUAAGAAUAAAAGAAAAGAGGGAAUAGAAAUUAGCAACUUUGUUUAGUUAAAAAUUAAACAAUAAUAAAUUUGAAAUGAUGAAAAUGCAGCAAGAGCAAAGUUCCCAGAAUUAGGAAUAAAAAUCUAUUUAGCACUACAAAGAAUUUGCUAAAAAAGGAAUAAAUUUAAUAGCAGAAUCUACUUUUAACAAUAUAUAAAAGAGUAGUUAGGAAAUCAAAAAGAUAAUCCGAAAAUCAAGUCAGUCUUUGUAAGUUCCAGACUAAAUUAUCACUCCUUAACUUAAAACUUAAGAAUCAGAAUAAAAGACUGAAAAAAGAUAAAAAUCACCCUAAGCUAUGCAGUUAUCUUCUAUAUCAAUAACAGCUUUAAGAAAAAAUUCUGAAAUUAGUUAUUUGAACAUCAAUUCUCCUUCCUCUGGUUAAAAUUAAAAUUCCUUACUUUGGAGUGAUUGCUUCUAUAAUAAAGUCUAUUAUAAUUAGCUCGCUUCUAGUUGCAAUAUGUUUGGAACUAAGCAAGCUGCAAAAAAAGCUAAAGGUAUAGGUGAUAUAGCUUCUUUGGCACUAAAAAUGAGAAGAUAAAACGGUUAAGAUGCUACAAAAAAACUUUUCAAUGGGUAAGAAUAAAAGAGAAUAAGGAAGAAAACAGUCCACAGAAAUAUAUUAGAAUUAAUCAAAAAUAGCAGUUCAGUAAUUAAAAAAAUUACCGAUUAAAUUUGA